CUCCCUUCAUCGGCUUCUUCUUCGUCGUCAAUGGCAGUGAGAGAUCCGAUCCCGAAUUACAGCACAACGAAGCGUAUAGUACUCCUGAUUGAUCUAAAUCCACUCCUCUACCUCCAAGACCCAGCUCCAUACCUAACUUCCCUUCUCUCCUCUACCAAAACCCUUCUUUCUUUCCCUCCUCUCUCUUCCUCUCUCUUUUCCUUCAAGCCCUUCUUUUCCUCCCUCUCUCCUCUCCUCUCCUCCUCCAAACUCCCCGUAUCAUCGCUCUCUCUCUCCUUCGACCUCCCUGACUUCACGCUCCUCUCCCUCACUUCUCUCCUCUCCAGCCUUACAGAGAAAUUCGCUCCUUCUAGUGCUUCUUCUCUGCCACCACCACGGGCGUCUAAUGUCGCUACCUCGAUGCGUCAGCUGCUGCAUGAUUACGCAUGGGAUCCGAUGAUUCGUGAUGAUUUGGAUACGGGUACGCUUUCGGAUUCGGAUUCUGAUUUUGCUGUUGUUAGGUCCAAUUUGGUUGUCUUGUUUUCGCCUGUUUGUAAAGAUAGGAAGUGGGUAUGUGAGUUCUUGGAAUUGGAUGAUGCUGAAGAAUAUGUCGAUUCUGGGAAUACCUUUAACAAGAGGUUUUGUGGGUUUUUUGAGUGUGUGAAUGAUGCGUUUGUUAGUAGGGAUAUUCAUGUUAGUUGGGUGGAUGUGAAGUGUGAACUUGAUUGUAGUGAAGAGGAGUGUCAAACUGGGAUCUUCCAGAGUGGGAUUAGGGAUUUGGGAUGGGGAUUUUGUUCAAGCACAUUGUUUGUUUUGGGUUCUGCUCUUGUGCCUUUUGGGUUAAUUUAUCCCUUGCUUGGGGUAUCAUCAUGUUUUUCUGGGUUCAAUGAAUGUAAUAAAAGAAUCCAAGGACAGUUGAGUCUUGAGAUAUUAGAUGUGAAUGGUAAGCCUUUGAAAUGCAAGUGCUGUGAUAUUGAAUUGUUUGAUUUGAAGGCUUUAUCAAGAAAUAGUAGUCCUGAUCCAUCGCAUGUCCUAGAAUUUGUGAGUUCACAGACAGGAAAUGACAAACAGAAGAAAACAUUUUGGGAAGUUUUUGAUGGUGGAAUUGCCAAGCUCCAUGUUAAGGCGGUGAAGAGAUAUGCCGAGCCUGUGAAGUUUGAGGGCCACUUCUUGGAUCCCAUUCUAGUUCGUGAAUUUUCGGGAGAAUCUGUGAAAAACCAGGGAGACAGUUCUGUUGAGUCUCUUGGUGAUAGAGUUCUUCAAUUAUUAGCUGCUCAUAUGGGGGAUCAUAAGCAAAGAAAAUCCAUACCGUUUUGGCAUAUUCUCUUGAGUUUUCUUUACAGGGAGGGUUACUGGGCUGUGGUAUGUAUUUCAAAUGGGGAUGAGGAGUCACAUAUGGGUGUCCUCAAGCCUUUUACUAUUUCUUCGGGUUUCCUCUUGAUUAUAGGCGAUGGACUGAAUUGUCAUGACUUAUUCAAUGGGUCGAGUGGAACUAAUUUUGCUCAACUUGCUACUAAGACAGACGGUACAAUUUGCAAGCCUAAAGUUGAUUUUUUUUAUUCCCAUGGCAUUAAUGAAUCAAUGUCCAUGCCUUCACCUUCAAAAAAGGGUGCUACUGUAGGUGGUGGUCAAGGGAGGAAAAAUAAGAAGGAUCUACACUUACUUCAGGAUCUCUCAUGGAAUGCCUUUUGUAAGGCUGCAUAUCAACAGUUUCAGGUUGAUUUGGAAGAUGUUUACUUUUCCCAAGGAUACAAGAGCUCCAAGAAAUUGAAAUUUCUGAAAUGCUGGAUAAAGCAGGUUAGAAAAUCUAGCCACUAUGAUUUGACCAUGCCAGAUAGGUUUAAGCCAAAUGAGGACAUCCCAAAAGCAGUAAAUGAUAGAUUGACCGAGCUACCAGAAGAAAGCGAACAACCAUUCCCUUCAUCUGCUUCAGUGGGUGAGGAUGCUUCUGCUGGGGCUUCUAGGAUACAAGAUGAAGUUGCCCUUGAUUUUCGUUCAGAUACUGCAGAAAGCUUUUUCAGUAACCUUCACAACAAAAUUGAGCAAGGACUUGAGUCUGGAUGGGUAGACUUACGAAGUAUGGCAAAGCGACUUGUGAACUCAAGUAUCUAUUGGUUAUAUCAAAAGCGUGAAGUGAAAACCAGUUUAGAGAGUCCUGCACAAAAAUCUGAUGCGGUUUGUGAUAAUGUUGUUUCAGUUGAAUUAGCAAAAGUUUUACUAAGGGAUCCCAAGGAUUUGAUAGCAAAGCACAAGAAUGACGAUGCUUCCCAUCAAGCAUCUGAAGCUAGAGCUUCUGGCUUCAGCAAAGAAUAUAUAAUCAGAGAAUAUGAAUCGCAGAUUUUGUUUCGGAUGGAGAUCCUGCAAUCAGAGAUUGGAGCAACUAUCAUGGAGUCUACAAAGCAAAAAUUUGUGAAACAAAUUUGUAUGUUUUUAGAGACAAUUCAGUGCCACAUGGAGGGAGGCUUUUUUGGUGAAUGGAGCCUCGAUAAUUAUGUGGGGACGAUCAUUAAGAGCAGGUACUGUGACUCUCUAGGCGAUGUGGUUGAUAGAAUCUAUAAAAAGAUGGAUUUGUUGCUUUUUGUUGAGGAGGAUGAGUUCUUUGAUCCUUUACUCAACAGUGAGGACAGUAGUCAAUCCCGAAAAGAAAAAUUAGAGAAAAAUGAAGUGGGUGAUGAUCAUGGAAUAAAGCAUUCCAUCUCAGUCGAAGAUGAGUUCCAACUAACCUUAGAAAAUGACCAUGAAAGCCCGAAAUACAAGAACCGAGAAGACCAUGCUCGCAAAUUGAUUGAAGCUCAGGAAAGGAGAGAGAGGGCUCGUAGAUUUGCAUCUUUCACGAGUUGGGGACCGGAUUUGCGGAGAGUUUGGGCCCCAAAGCAGCCAAGUUUGUCGAAAUCGAAUUCUGAUCCUAUUCGAAAGCUUCCCAAGAUUAAGGAACAUGAGAGAGAAAGUUGUGACAGGGUAUGUGAGACCCCAAUGACAGGAAACAAACGUUCAUGUCAUCGACAAAGCAGCUCUGUUGAGAAAGACCUUCAAGCUUAUGGAAGUGGUUCUGUUUCUAAAGCACUGUUUCAAGAUGACUGCUAAAUCCAGGCAAGUAGGAGUUUGUAAGCUAACCUGGUGAACAAAAUUUGUUUCAAACUGGAACUGUUGUUGAAAAGAAUGAGGGAGGCCAUGUGGGUCGGCUUUAGUGGAAGAAACUUGGGUCAUUUUAAUCGCCAUUGUUGCUAAUCUGUUCACCAACUCUUGACUCUGUGCAAUUAUGUUUUAACAUGUUUUAACUUGACAAUGUUGUAUCAUCUGAGCCGGAAAUUUCAUUAGCUCAGCUUCAUGUAUGUUACAA